AUGGCCAGUAUGGAGAUCGAUGGCAUCCUGUUCAAUGUCCUCCACGAAGGGGACGCCGCGAAUCCCCUUGUGGUUUUGUGUCACGCUCUCAUGUCGAACAUGCACAUGUGGGACUCGACCGUGGCUGCUCUGCACCAGGCCGGGUUCAGCACGCUGAGAUACGACCACGUCGGACAUGGCGAGACAAGCGAGCCUCCGGCCGAUCAGGUGGGAAAGUUGCACUUCGAUGAUUACUGUCGGCACAUACAUGAGAUGGUCGAGAGAACCACGCCUGGGAAAUCGCCGUUUGGUUUCAUUGGGUGCUCGAUUGGAGGCGUAUUGGCCCUCCGGUAUGCGCUGAUGUAUCCUGGAGCACUUUCAAAGGUCGUCAGUUGCGCCGCGCCUGGACUUACAACACUCGAAGGGGCAGAGGGGAUAUGGGGAGAUCGCAUCGCCAUAUUCCGCAAUCAAGGUGUUGACAAGCUGGCCGAGAUGACGGUUGCAAGAUGGUUUCCCGAGCCAUGCCCUCCGGUGAUCCGCGAGGUAGCACUCAAGCAGAACAGAAGCUGCACCUUGGCAGGUUACGUGACGUGUGCUGAAGCCGUAUUGCACUACGACUAUACCUCAGAGCUGGGCCAGAUUCAGGACGAGGAUGUGAUGGUGUUGGCAGGGGAGAAGGAUACCGCCAUCGGACCGCGCGAAAUUCUGGACGAUGUUGCGACUCGAAUUCGAGGCGCCAAACGCGUCCUGAUGCGCGACACUGGGCACAUUCCACCCAUGCAUCAAGCCGAAGAGUUUGAGAGGCUUGUGAUACCGUUCCUCAAACAGUGA